GGGCAGUUCAACAACGACCGCAUGGACGGAGAGGGCACGUAUCACUUCUCAGACGGGCGUGUGUACGUGGGCGCAUGGCAGAAGGGUCACAUGUCCGGGAAGGGCUCAAUGACUUGGCCAGAUGGCUCGCGAUAUGAGGGCGAGUACAAGAACGACUUCCGACAUGGCCAGGGCACUCUUACCUGGCCGGACGGCCGCAAGUACGAGGGCCAGUGGGCCAACGGCAAGCAG